GCCGCUGAAUGUCAAGGGAACAGAUACACCUCUUGGUAGAAGGUCGCACCGGGCCAGGCGGGCCUGUCCUGUCAUUCACGAUUCCUAACGUACAUAGUUACCGUCAUAUGUAAAGAAACAUGUGUUCAAGUCAACUUCAAGUCGUAAAUAAGUCAUAUCAAAAUAAUAGGAUUUCAUACAUAAUUGAGACACCUGGCUCCCACAGUUCGUAUGCAACCGCGAUGAUGAUCGACCUCACCCACACGCUGACGACGUCGACAGAAGCCCCGAUGUCGAUAUGGCCGGGGCACCCAACACUGGAAAUGACAAAAGUUGCCACUAUCCCGGAGCAGAAUGCGAACGUGACGCUUAUUUCACUAGGGUCUCAUACGGGAACCCACAUUGAUGCGCCCAACCAUUUCAUUGCGGACGGAUUGACAGUGGACAAGUACGACUUGACUAAACUCGUGGGUCGCGCACUGGUCGUCGAUGUGAGGGGGAAGAAGGCACGUGAGAUGAUCACCUGGGAGGACAUGCAAAAAUGGGAGGGAGAGAUGCACGAGGGAGUGAUUGUGCUCAUAUGCACUGGGUGGUCGCAAUACUGGGGCAAAGAGAAUUACGAAGAACACCCGUUCAUGGAUUUGGAUGCGGCGAAGAAGCUUAUGGAGACGGGAGUGAGAGUAAUUGGAUGCGAUACGCUGAGCCCUGACAACAUAUGCUCGCCUGAGUGCAAAGUGCACAAAGUGAUACUAGGAGCGGGAGGAAUGAUUGCAGAGAAUUUACGUGGGAUAGAAGAAGUGCUGGCAUUGAAGAACCCGAUUGUGAGCCUGCUGCCACUCAAGUUGGAUAGUUGUGAUGGUUCGCCAAUACGAGCGAUAGCUUGGUCUGCAGGAGAUAUCUGACACGUAGCCUGACCCCAAAGUAGAUGUGGGGUUUCGGAAGCAAUAUAUCCAUUAAUGAUUUUAACAAGUUGGAUAAAAAAGCCGAUAAUCAUUCCUCUUAGCGUCGAUUAACUAGCUAAGGCUCCCAAGGCCAAGUACUUCUUCAGACUGCGCUCAUCUUUUCUGCUGCGCGCUUUGCCGGAUGAGCCUCGUUCGUUCUUUUGUUC